AUGGAAUGGUACCAUGUUUGGAACGCUGAAUAUAUAAACCAUAAACAAGAACAUGACCUAGGAGUGAUAGAACCAGAGGAAUGUUUAGCAUGUGAAAUAUGUAAUCCAAUAGAAAGAGAAGUAUCAGCAGCAUUCAAGAAAUUUUGGGAUGCUUUAUUUAAAUUUGAGGAUACAAUACUAAUGUACAAUAAUGUAACACAUAAAGAAUUAUUGAAUUUAUUAAGUAUGGACAAUAGAGAAAGGGAGGACACAAUACAUAAAGGAAAAUGUAGGAAUAUAGUAGAUAGAAUAAUUGAAUCAAUAAGGUACAGACAACAACCAAAAAUGAAAGAAAAAGGAUUGAGAAUAAUAAUUGUAGUAAUUGUAAGGGAUUGUAUUGAAGGAGACUUAGAAAAUGAAGUAUUUGAUCGAUUAAUUGGAUGUCCAGAAAUAAUGGAACAUGGAUACAUUUUAGAAGAUUGGGAUGUUGAAAAUAGAUUUCAAAAAUUUUGGGAUUGGUAUAACACGAUAUUGGAAAAUGAAAUGAAAGCAAUACAUGUUAAGAAGUUAGCAAUGAAGUUAUUCAGGGAUCUAUUAUAUGAAGAAACAGAAGAUCUGUUGAGGAAAGAAGAGGUAAUUGAAUUAUUACUCCAGAUAGAAUAUCAGAAUAGAUGUGAGACAGACACGCAAGAAGGAGGUGAUGCAUGGAUAAGAUAUGUAUCAAAAGUAAGACAAAGAUUUAUUGAUACCAAACAAUUUACAAGGGAACCUGAGGACCCAGAAAGUGAUAGUCCUGAAAGUUAUGAAAUAGAGGACAGUGAAGGUAGUAUACAUUAUGAAAUAAAAAUAGAGGAUGAUGUCGAAUGGACAGUGGAAUCAUUAAAAAGAAAAAUUGAAGAAAUGGGUGGAAGGUUCACUGACAAGGAUAUACAAAGAAUGUGGGACCUAAGGAUAAGAAUAGAAUUGAUAUUAACAGAAGACUUUUUAGGUACAUUUUUCGAAUUAAUGAGACUAAGUGAUGAAAAAUUAAAAGAUGAAAUAAAUGAAUGGUUAACAAAAGAAACAUUAAUAUGUGGAAAUUGUAGGAAUAGAAAGUUACCUGAUAUGAUAGCAGACAUUGGACAAUGUAAAAAUUGUGAACAAAAAGAAUUAUUAGAAUUAAAGGAUGACUUAGAAAAAUUAGGAUACGAAUUAAAUGUGUCAGAAAUAGAAAGAAUGAGAAAAUUCAGGAUAAGCAAUAGUAUAAUAUUAACAAUGGAAUUUAUGGAAAAAUAUUUCCAGGAAAUUGAUACGGAUGACAAAGAAUUAAGGAUAAAAUUAUAUGAAUGGAUAAAUGAAAAUACCACAUUUUGUAAUGAAUGUGGAAUAAGAUGGAUAAACAAUAAAUUUGACGAAGGAAAAACCAAGUGUAGGGAUUGUGAAAAUGACGAAAAUGAAAUUGAUAUCAGGGUCAAAAGAUUAAAACAAAUAUGUGAUGAUAUUAGAGUAGAAAUAACUGAUGGAGAGUUAUUGAGGUUAAUUAGUAUGAGAUAUACUGAUGGAGAAAUAUUGGAUCAAGAAUUUAUUGAAAUAUUCCAAGGAAAUAAAAAUGAAGUGGAGAAAAAUUUAAGGCGGAUAUUAGACAAAUUUCUAAAACAGCAAGCUGGAAUUGAGGAUAGUGAAAGUAGUGGAAAUAAAUCUGAUGAUGAAGAAUCGGAUGGGUCUGAAAAUAAAUCAGAUGGAUCUGGAAAAGAUGGAGAAAUUUUAAAUCCAAAUGAAAGUGAUAACAAUGAAAAUUUUGGAGAACCUUAUGAAGAAAACAUUAUAAAUAGACCUGGUUUUGACUCAAGUGAAAGUUCAGAAUCAAAUUCUGAGGAUAAAAGUGAAAUACCUGAUUAUAAUAUAAAAAAUUUAUUUGAAACACCUUUAACACCACCAAUACCACCAAUCCCACCAAUAGUACCAAUAAUUAUGGGAGCAACAAGAGCUGAA